AUGUCUCUGGUUGCUCUAGGAGAAAUUCCCGAGGCUGUUAACAAGCUUCGUCUCAACUUCACUGCUCGUCCGCGCAAGUCUCAAACCUUUGUAAAGGCGCAGUUGCUCUCCCUGAAAGAUGCGCUUCAGAAACACCAGGACAGCAUCGUUUCGGCUCUACUCCACGAUUUCCACCGUUCGCCCCAGGAGACGCUGGUUGCCGAGUUUGGCCCGCUGCUGGGCGAGCUCGCCUAUCUGGCUGGCCACCUCUCGUCGCUGCUUGCCCCGGAAACUCCCGAGGCAAUGCCCGUCGCGUUCAGCGUCGCUUCGUGCAAGAUCGAGAAAGAGCCGUUGGGCACAAUUCUGGUGAUGUCGCCAUUCAAUUUCCCGCUGCUGCUUGCCCUGAGCCCGCUGGCAGGUGCAAUUGCAGCCGGAAACAACGUUGUGCUCAAAUUGCCGGGCGACAGAUGCCCUGAAUUCUGCAGAGUGCUGUCUCGUGUUCUGGCAGAAGCUCUGGAUCCAGAAAUACUGGUGGUCGUUAGUGGCGGUCUGGAAGAGGCCCAGGCGGUGCUGAAGCAGAAAUACGACAAGAUCGUAUUCACGGGCUCUACCGCAGUGGGGAAAAUAGUGCACGCCAAGGCGGCCGAGUCGCUAACUCCGACUCUGCUGGAGCUGGGCGGGAAAUCGCCAGCACUCAUCACCUCGGGCUGCUCAGACAUCCAAACAGCACUCGCCAGACUUUUCUGGGGCAAGUUUUGCAAUGCGGGCCAGGUCUGCGUGUCGCCGGACUACCUGCUCGUCCAGGACUCCGUGUACGACAAAGUGGUGGCAGAAAUGUUGGCUGUGCUACAAAAAACGUACCAGGUCUCAGAAACAUCAGACUAUACGCAUCUCAUCAACAGCAGCUCAUUCUAUCGUCUGGUAGGUCUGCUAGAGAAAACCCGCGGUAAGCUGCUGUUUGGGGGUGCGCGAGACCCGGAAACAAAUUUCCUGGCCCCAACGGUGGUCACGGACGUGGAUUGGGACGACCCGUUGAUGGAGUCUGAGAUAUUUGGCCCUAUUUUGCCGGUUCUCAGGUACUCGUCGCUGGCAGAAGCUGUUCAAACGAUUCAGAAGUACCAUGACACCCCACUGGCCACGUACAUAUUCUCUGACAAGCAGGAGGAAGUCGAGUUGGUGGACAGGAUCCGGUCCGGAGCUCUUUUGGUCAACGAAACUCUGGUGCACGCCGGCAUCCAUACGUGUCCGUUUGGUGGCGUUGGGACGUCUGGAACAGGCAAUUACCACGGAAAGUACUCGAUCGAGUCUUUUACACACAAAAAGGUGAUUUUCAAACAGCCGUACUGGUACGAGGUAGCCCUGAAAGACAGAUAUGCUCCGUACUCCAGAGCCAAGAGCAAUUGGCUGAUGUUUGUCUAUAGGCUGCCCAGCAUCAGAAGGGUCCGCUACAACGAGCUAGCUACGGUGUUGGCUGUUCUGCUUGCCGGGCUCGUGGGCUAUUUUAUAGGAAAGCGGUAGUAUCAUGUACUUGCGUCGUUCAUGUCGAUAUCCUCUAAAUCGAUAGUUUCUGGGACUUUUUUGUCGUCGUUGGGCGACUCUUCAGGCUUCUCGGGCUCGUCCGGCGGAACCUCGAUGCUUUUGAAGUCUGCCAGCUGGUCCAAAUACUGUAUUUCCUCCUUGAGCUUGGCGUCGUUCACCCAGACAGAUUUUUUAUUUAUCUGGACGGGCAAGAGGUCGAGCUCGCCAGUUUGCGACGUGAUCUUGUUGUUGAUCGUUUUCACCUCUCUGCUUAGACUUGCAGCAGCGUGGCUGAGGUCGAAGUAGAAGCCAGAGGCCGCGGUCUUGAACUCGGCCUCGUUCGCAACACCGGCGUGUUUGUGGCUCCUGAGCAGGUCGAGCGUGGUCGACAAGUUGUCCAGCAUCGACACGAGCCGGACAUCGACCUCCUGGAGCGAGUCGAGUCUGGAUUGUAUGUAUGAAACGUCCCUUCCCGACAUUCACCCGUGCACCGGUAAGCAGCAAGCGCGUACAACUUGAUUUUAAGAUGGAUUUUUAUCGAAG